AUGGCGUCUACAUCAAGAGAUUCCCAAGAAAUCAUUGCCAAAAAGACAUGGGAAUUGGAAAACAGUGUGCAAACCGUUAAUACAGUCGACGACAUAUUCAAAUAUGACAAACAACAACAACAGGAUAUUUUGACUGCUAAACCUUGGGAGAAAGAUCCACAUUAUUUUAAAGAUAUAAAAAUAUCCGCAUUAGCUCUACUAAAAAUGGUGAUGCAUGCUCGAUCUGGUGGUAUUUUGGAAAUAAUGGGUCUAUUACUUGGCAAAGUUGAAGGUAAUACUAUGAUUGUCAUGGAUUCUUUUGCUUUACCUGUUGAAGGAACAGAAACAAGAGUCAAUGCCCAAGCACAAGCCUAUGAGUACAUGACGGCAUACAUUGAAUCUGCUAAAGUAGUGGGACGUCAAGAAAAUGCGAUUGGUUGGUAUCAUAGCCACCCUGGCUAUGGAUGCUGGUUAUCAGGUAUUGAUGUUUCUACACAAAUGUUGAAUCAAAAUUUUCAAGAACCUUUUGUAGCAAUUGUGAUUGAUCCAGUUAGAACAAUUUCUGCUGGCAAAGUUUGUUUGGGGGCAUUCCGUACUUAUCCUAAGGGUUACAAGCCAGCAAAUGAAGAACCGUCUGAGUAUCAAACUAUUCCAUUGAAUAAAAUUGAAGAUUUUGGAGUACACUGUAAACAAUACUAUUCAUUGGAAGUAAACUAUUUCAAAUCUUCCCUGGAUCGACGUUUACUAGAUUCACUAUGGAAUAAAUAUUGGGUGAACACUUUAAGCUCGUCCAGUUUAAUAACCAAUGCUGAUUACCUAACUGGUCAAAUAAAUGAUCUUUCCGAUAAGCUAGAACAAGCAGACACUUCUCUGAGUCGUACAUUUUUUGAGCCUGUUGAUCGUACUAAAACUGAAAAUAAAUUGGUAAAAGCUACAAAAGAUAGUAAUAAAGCUACAAUUGAAAUAUUAUGUGGAUUAAUGUCUCAAACAAUUAAAGAAGCUCUGUUUAAUAGUUGUACACCUAAGAAUAAUCAACAAUAA